UGUGUUGAUUAACCACAGGGCGCCCCAGGACCGACAGCCCCAUUCCGUGAGCUCCACUUUGCAUUCCUUAAGACGGUUGAAGCGACGUAUAACACCUGUCUGGAGGCGUGUGAGUUUGAAGCGACGAGCUGAGUUUCUGCUGCGGGAGUCCGCCGUGUAACACGCCUGAGACUGCCGGAGGUGAGCCGUCAUGGCCCAGGGGAUCCCAGACGAGGUGAUGAUGAACGCCGCGCUGAUCAGAGAGCUGGCAGACGUGGCGAAAGACGCGGCGCUGGUGCACGGCAUCUUAAUGAGGAUCCAGGAGACGCCCAACUCCUCUGAGCUGGUGACCUACGCGCCGUUCACGCUCUUCCCCACGCCCGUGCCCCGGUCCCUGUUCCUCCAGGCGCUGGCGGUCCAGACUCACUACAACACUCUGGUGGACCGGGUCUGCCAGGACGUGGACUUCCUGCAGGACGCCUUGGCGAGCACCAUCGCAGUGGACGAUUUCACUGCCAGACUGUUCAGGAUCCACCAACAGGUCCUCAAAGAAGGACGAUCUCAGUCCGUGACGUUGGGGCUCAAUCGGUCGGACUACAUGCUGGACCAGGGAGAGGACGGGACGCCGUCUCUCAAGCAAAUCGAGAUCAACACUUUCGCCGCCAGUUUUGGAGGCCUGUCGUCUCGCACGCCGGACGUACACAGACAUGUCCUGAAGGCGGCCGGCAGGCUGGAGGAGAGCCAGCGCGUCCUGGACAACAAUCCCGCCGCCGGCCUGGCCAGAGCCAUCGCCACCGCCUGGGAGCUCUACGGCUCAGACAGAGCCGUCGUCAUGUUCCUGGUGGAAGAAACACAAAGGAACAUCUUCGACCAGCGAUACAUCGAGUAUGAGCUGUGGAAGAGAAACAUUCACACCAUCAGACGCCGGUUUGACGACGUCUAUAAAACCGGGUCUCUUGAUCAGGACAAGAGGCUGUUUGUUGACGGGAAGGAAGUGGCGGUGGUGUACUUCAGGAACGGCUACAUGCCUCAGAACUACACCUCUGAGCAGACGUGGGAGGCUCGUCUGAUGAUGGAGCGCUCGCUGGCGGCGAAGUGUCCGGACAUCAGCACUCACCUGGCGGGAACCAAGAAGGUCCAGCAGGUCCUGGCCAGACCGGGGGUCCUGGAGCGCUUCUUCCCCGGCCAGCCCGAGGUGGUGGAGCAGGUCCGAGCCACGUUCGCCGGCCUCUACACUCUGGACAUGGGCGCGGAAGGUGAUAAGACGGUGGAGAUGGCUCUGGCUUCUCCGGACCGGUUCGUCCUGAAACCUCAGAGAGAAGGAGGAGGGAACAACAUCUACGGCUCGGAGAUCUGCCAGGUCCUGGAGGGCGUGAAGCACAGCUCCGAGCGGACGGCCUACAUCCUGAUGGACAAGAUCCGGCCGGCUCCGGUUCAGAACUACCUGCUAAGACGAGACGCGCCUCUGAGAAUCAGUAACUGCCUCAGUGAGCUGGGCGUCUUCGGAGUGUAUGUAAGGAAAGGUGAGUCCAUGGUGAUGAACGAGUGCGUGGGCCACCUGCUGAGGACCAAGAGCUCGGAGCACGAGGACGGCGGCGUGGCGGCGGGAGUGGCCGUGCUGGACAACCCCCUGCUCGUCUGACGCCAGCAGCUGGCUGUGAACGGUCUGCCUCAUGCAGCACGAGUCCCGAUUCAGCCGCAGCCUGCAGCACGGUGAACGGACUCCAACGCGGUUUACACUGACAAUCACUUCCACACACACUCACACACACCAGUGGAGGCGGCUGCCAUGCACUCCACUGAGAACAGUUUAGGGUCCAGUGUCUUGCUCAAGGACAUGUAGACAGGGCGAUAUGGGGAGUUGAACCAACUAUCAGUCACAAACAUCUUUGUAUUUUGACAGUAUUUUCUCAUUUUCAGGUUUUCUACGUAUAUUUGUGGUUUUCAAAUGAUACUUGGGGAAUAUAGGACUUUUAUUUUAAAAUGAGGAUUUAGUGCAGUUCUGGGUGACUGCUAUGAAAUGUGCGUAUGCACGCACACACACACACACGCACACGCACACGCACACGCACACACGUACAGCCCGGUUAAAAUGCUUGAGGGAGACCUAACAUGUACGCUGAAGUUUAUGCAAACAAUAGUUUUUAGUAAAACUGAAAAUAUCGAAAACUUUUCAUUCCUGAUUUCUGUUGUUUAUUGUGAAGCCUUGGGGAGGGAUACAGUGCCAUCUUGUGGUGUUUAUAAGAAACUACAAUACAUGAAACGGUUGCUGGACUGAUUUUCUCAUCUUUUUCUUCAUCCUUCAGAGUUCUCAGAGACGCUCUGCCCUCAUGGUGUAUCAAUGUUUUACCUCCUGUCUUGUGUUUAUAUGGCUCAGGGCUGCAGUGAUAAAUGUAUUUUAGAUACUCUAUAGAUUUCACAGUGGUCAAAUAACCUCUACAAAAACAUUGAAAAUAAAAACUAAGUGACCUUCACCUGCA